GCCAUGGCAGCGGAGGAGGGCACGCUCGUGGCGGUGGUGGCGGCGGCGGCAGCUGGACGGCGAGAGAGAGGGGCCGGCGUCGCCGCAGCGGGAGAGUGGGCGCGGGCGCGAGCGCGAGCGCGAGAGCGAGCGGGAAGCCGUCGCCCUGGUCCGGGGGACCCGACGUGACCGCGCCGACGGGAACCGGUGCCCAGGCGGAGCCUGCGAGCAAGAUGUGGUGGAGAAGCAUAGAACUGCAGUGUUAUUUUUUUUUAGUUUCAUGUCUCCUAACUGGUUUUGAAGCUGUGCCUAUAGACAUAGACAAGACAAAAGUAAAAGAUACUCCUGACGUGGAAGGAGAAAAAAUAGAACCUCCAGAUACUGGACUAUAUUACGAUGAAUAUCUCAAGCAAGUGAUUGAUGUGCUAGAAACAGACCAACAUUUCAGAGAAAAACUCCAAAAUGCAGAUAUAGAAGAAAUCAAGAAUGGCAAACUGAGCAAAGAGCUUGAUUUAGUAAGUCACCAUGUCAGAACAAAACUUGAUGAACUGAAGAGACAGGAAGUGGCAAGAUUAAGAAUGCUGAUUAAAGCUAAAUUGGAUUCCAUUCAAGACACAGGCAUAGAUUAUCAAGCUCUUUUGAAACAGUUUGAGCAUCUAAAUCAUCAAAAUCCUGACAAGUUUGAACCAACAGAUUUGGAUAUGCUAAUCAAGGCUGCUACAAAUGAUUUAGAAAACUAUGAUAAAACUCGCCAUGAAGAAUUUAAAAAAUAUGAAAUGAUGAAGGAGCAUGAAAGACGAGAAUAUUUGAAAACAUUAAAUGAAGAAAAAAGGCAUGAAGAAGAAUCUAAAUUUGAAGAAAUGAAGAAGAAACAUGGAAAUCAUCCAAAAGUCAACCACCCAGGAAGCAAAGACCAACUAAAAGAGGUUUGGGAGGAAACUGAUGGACUGGAUCCUACUGACUUUGACCCCAAGACAUUUUUCAAAUUGCAUGAUGUCAAUAGUGAUGGUUUUUUGGAUGAACAAGAAUUGGAAGCCCUGUUUACCAGAGAGUUAGAGAAAGUAUAUGACCCUAAAAAUGAAGAGGAUGACAUGGUAGAAAUGGAAGAAGAAAGACUUAGGAUGAGGGAACAUGUAAUGAAUGAGGUGGAUAUUAACAAGGACCGGUUAGUGACUUUGGAAGAGUUUCUAAAAGCUACUGAGAAAAAAGAAUUCUUGGAGCCAGAUAGCUGGGAGACAUUGGAUCAGCAGCAGCUUUUCACAGAGGAAGAGCUGAAAGAAUUUGAAAAUCACAUCUAUGAACAAGAACACAAGCUCAAACAGAAGGCAGAAGAUCUCCAGAAGCAAAAGGAAGAGCUCCAACGUCAGCAUGACCAGCUCCAAGCACAGAAACAUGAAUAUCAGCAGGUUGUACAACAGAUGGAACAGAAGAAAUUACAACAAGGAGUACCUCCAGCAGGGCCAGGUGGAGAAUUAAAAUUCCAGCCACCUGGGCAGCACCAUGAAGAGAAUUCAGAAAAGCAUUCUUUAGGCAGUGACCACCUUCAGCCUUUGCCACCAGGGCACGUUUCUCCUCUUCAGGAAGGAGCAGCCAUGGCUGAACAUGCCCAGAUCCACCCUUAACCGUCCGGUGCCUCAACUUUAUACUUUCCUUGUUCAUUUUUUUGUUUGUUUAUUUAAAAAGGGAGACUAAAGUGGAUUAAGAAAUUAAAUUUAAAAUGCCCUAUUUCUGGCCCGUGCCUGUAUCAUCAUGAGAAGAAUACUUUUAAUUUUAUUUCAAGCAAUAUUUUAAAGCAAUCUCUUUCAUUAUCUCCUUAAAAUUGGUAGUGGAAAGAAGGUUACUAAAAAUCCAAUUCCAUUCUUGACUUCCUUUUUUAGAGGCAAAUCUUAGUGCCUGGGGCUCAAGAUCCCAUUAAAAACGAAAACAAAACAUUAGUUAGCUAUGAAUCAGUAACCUGUUUUCAGGAGAAUCCCAGAACUAGAACAUAUGUACAUAGCUACAACAGAAGGUGAUUAAGAACCUGGAUCCAGGGGUCUAGUUAUUCCAUUUCCAGCUCAGCCAAACUGCUUGUUGUUUUUGAGACCAAAAAAAUACCCUUCAAAAGAAGACUUUGAACCUCAGUUUUAAUUUUUUUUAAUUGUCUUGAAGAAUUAUGCAGAAAAGUAAUAAUGAUCAUUCAUGUUUACAGAUCCCUCAAAUUCUCACUGUGUAAAGCCUCAAGUAUAAAUAUUUUUAUUAGCUUUAGUUUCAAUGAAGGGAAAUGCAUUGUACCAGCUCUGUUGUGGGCCAGCAAUUUAUAAUAUCCUUCUUCCUGCCUAAUAGCCUUCCUUACUAAGAAUCUUCAGAGCUCUGCAUGCUGUCCAGAUGAUGUUCAUUUGUAUUGAAGCAAGCUAUCACAAGAAAUAACACUGGAGUUUGCAGAUCUGCCUACUUCCUUUCAUUUCUGCAGUCAUGGUUAUAUUUCCCUCAAUUUUCUCUACUUAAAAUGGUGUUCAUGGUAGGUAGAGGGUGGGUUUCUUUUUUUCCUUUAAUUGAUACUUUUUGGCUCUUCAUUAGAUGAUAUUUUUACCUUGAUAGAAACAAUUCAUUUUCCUCAUUGUUUAUCACAAGCUAAUGGGUCGUCUAUUUAUGUGACAAGUGGAAGAAGAAAUGUAAUUCAUCCUGGUUCUAUGAAACAUUCUUCGUAAAUCAACUUGUUCAAAUUGUGUUGUUUUUUUCCUUGGUCUUGCAAUUUUGACCAUCUUUUUGAAAGAUGGUGUCAGAGCUGUAUAUGCCAAUUUAUUUUAUUAGUGGUGUUCCCUCCUCCCUCUGCCCCCUCUUAAGGUUAGGGAAAUAAAUUACUGAAUUAUACUGUAAUUAUUAUGCCUUUUUAUAUGAAGUCCUGCCAUUCUGCUUCAUGUGUUAUGCAUCUUUUUGGAGUAGUUUUGAUUCCUUUUUGACAAAUAUGAAUUUCAAAAUUAUUUAAGUUUAAUUAAUGUUAUAAGAGAAAACAUAAUAGAUCUGAUGAGACUCCUUUCUUUGGCUUGAUUUUUUUCCUAGAUAAAUUGUAUUUUUGUUUCCUGUCUGUAUUUCUUUCCUCCCUCCUCCCUUAGCAUGACUGAAUUUUGUUCUUAUUGACAUUUGUAUUGCUUGAGAAUUGAAGUUGAACUUGGAAAGAAAAAAGCCACCUUGGAGAAAUUCAUCACGUUACUCUUGCCAAGCCAAAUCAGCAGAUUCCCUUCCUCCAAGAUGUCUUUUUGGAUUUCUGGCCCUUGCCAUGGGAAGGAAUAUUCAUCCUGUAGAGAAAUCUCUAACUUGAUACUUAGGACUAAAGUCCAUGGGAAAAGCUAAUGGGGGGAGGGGAAAGAAGUGGGAAUACAUGGGGACCAGUAGUAUUUCCUUGUACCACGGUAUAGUAAGACCCUGUUGAGUUGAUGCCUCUCUCCAAUUCUUGUUAAUUUUUGCUCCACCGAAAUAAUGGUUAUAAAAAUAAGCCAGAACCUAUCUCCCACCCUUGGUGUAUCACAGCAAAUAUUUUCUACCACUUUAUUUUUUCUUUUUCUUUAAACUCUUACCUUCUGUCUUAGAAUCAAUACUGGAUAUUGGUUCCAAGACAAAAGGGCAGUAAGGACUAGGCAGUGGGGGUUAAGUGACUUGCUCAAGGCCUUUCCACCUCUUGAAUUGGUAACGGCAACCACAAGUCUUUUUUUUUUUUCAUAUAAGGUCAGGCUUGUUUACUCAGUCCUUUUAUAUGUAUUUAUGUUUUGUUUUUUCUACCUAUUAGGAAAGAGGAAGACCCAACUGACUCUUUUCUGUUGUUGCUGCUGUUUUAAAAAGACAUGAACCCUUUUCCUGAUUUAUUGCCUCCUCUCCACAGGCAGUAAUAAAGUUCUUUCCCCUCUAUGGCUCUUUUCUGCUUUCCCACAUUCAGCUUACAUGCCUUUCCCUGGUUUUAGGAUGUGGUUGCAGGAUAUGCUACCAGUCCCUGGGAAAUACCUGGAGGAAAACAUGCUGCUCUUACUUCUUGAUUUUAGAAAGUUAACUCCAGCUGACUUGUAUGUCACCACCAACUACUAACAGUAGCUGUUGGACUUAGCAUACAGAAUGUCCAUGCCCUCACAGUGCUAAGACUUAUACUUUCUUCCUGGGAAUUCAUCUUAAAGUGAUCCUCAUUAAGACUAAAAGUUGCUUCUUAAAAUUCUAUUCUAAGAGUACAGUGUAAAAGAUAAAAAUAAAUGCUAAGUCUUUUACCUUGAGGAGAUGAUUUGAAGGACUGUUUCAUUCUUGUAUGGUAGCCCAAGUUACCAUUGAAGGAAGGAAGUCAAAUGAUUUCCAUUUCUGAAGUCCUCCUCUCCCAUUAUAGCAUAGGACUCCUCUGCCUGUUUCUUCCAAAUUUGAGUUUGAUUUUGGAAAGGUUUUGCAGACUGAAUUACCUUUCGUAUUCCUGGGAAUGAGGGGAGAGGUGCCACCAAAAAUUGUGACUUUUGUUGUUUAGACAUUUCCUUCUUUAAGGCUGUCUGGUAUCUUUCACAUAUAUUGAAUUUGGAAGCCACUGGAACUUUUAGAAAUGCCAAUUCAGUAUCAUCAGUUUUAUCUAUGGCGACACAUCAAGAACCUAUAAAUGGAAAAAAGAUAAAUUUAAGAAAGGGGUCUGGUCAUGUGAAAUAAGUGAAAGGAAUAAGCUUAUUGUUUUUGAUAUAGUUGAAAUUUCUUUUAAAAAGAUUGUUAUUGAUUUUUCUUUUAAUCAGUGAAACAAGCGCUGCUUAGAAUAGAUUUAUUAUAACUGUCUUGUGUUCUUUAAAACCUCUUAUGAGAAUUCACCAAUAUUAUUUUAAAACUAGGGUCUUGAUUAAAGAUCCUUUAGAGUGCAUUUUCUAUUAUUAAUUUUGAAGGGAUUCUCAAGACUGUGCAUCUUAUGCAUUGUUAAAAAUGCAGCCCUGUGUACCCCUUUUUUAAGCUGGACAGGCUCAGCUAUAGUUGACUUUUGAAAUGGAUAGCUGUUCUGUGCACCAUUGUACUUAGAUUGGUUUGUACUUUGGACCACUUAAAAAGAAAAUAAUUGCUUUGUAAUUUUGAUAACGAAGUCAAGAAGACACAGAUUCAAGCUUUAGCUUUCCAAAUUCUGUUGGGUAUGGGUUUCUUUUCAUUUUUUGGAUAUAUGUUGUAAAAAAUCGUAUUCUCCAGUGCAAUAUUGGUUAGAAAAUGUUGUUUGUCAUCCUUUGUAUAGAUUUGUUUUAAAUUUGAUUAAACAGAAAAUCAGAUAA